UUCUACUGAAAAUAUGUUCUCUGUCUCCUCUGUAUGCAAGAGUUUCGCUCAAGUUGCUACAUGCCCAACUGUCACUUAGACAGUUUGCGGAGGUACCUAUAAAUAUCCAAGCUAGGCAAAGCUAUGUGGGCUUGUUCUCUAACUGACUCUGCACUGAGUGUUGUGACUAGCUCCAGGUUUGCAAAUCUUAAUAAAGCUUGCUGUUUGAGAAUCUACAGUCUCUCUUCCUUUCAAUAGAAUUUCCACGACACUCGGCUCAUAAGAACUUCAGUGACGUAUAUAUUAUGUUUAAAUACGUUAUUUAUCCGACAUCGACGUGCAGCUAUAAACUGCUCAGAAGUCCGCAGACUCGUUGAGGAGGGGGCUCACCUUUCACAGACACAGCGUCGUUUCAAAGAGAAUAAGAACAACAGUCAGAAGUUAAAAACCUGGCCGAGCCCCGCAGAGUUGUUCUUCACUUAUUUAAAUGGUGUUGGGCACCCGUUGACGAUUCAGAAACUACUAAACAGAAUCCCAUGUGCUGCCAUGGACAGUGUGAAGAUGGAAUCUGUCCAGAUUAAAGAGGAGUUCCCUGAACUUGAACUUGUCCCCAUUAGAGUGGAGUUCUCUGGGCUGGCUUCCCUCCCCAUUAAACAGGAGCUCUGUGAGAUGCAAUGUGACAGCAGUCAGCCAGAGGACUGUGAGAUUAAAGCUGAACACAAUGAAUUGGAGAUCCCCCAGACAGAAGAACCCCUUCCUGUUAAACAAGAAGAGGUGCUGGAAACUGUCUGUAUUAAACAGGAGCCCCCUGAAGUAGAGUUUGACCACAUGGAACCAGUGAAGGAAGAAUCUGAGGACUUCAAACCAAACAUCCCUGAGCUGGAGCCUGUACGCCUGCGGGAGUGUAGUGUGGUGCUGGAGAGAAUCUGCGUGAGAGAGCAAGGCGCUGGAGAGGAAGGCUCUCCCAACAGCACGCAAGGAGGUGGAAAGGAAGACGGGCGCUCCCAUUCAGAAUGCAGUCUAGCAGGUUCCAGUCCAGCAGCUAAAGCGAGGGCGGGCGGUGGAGAAUAUCCUGACUGUGGGAAGAGUUUCAUUAGCUUAGGAAACCUGAAAACACACCAGCAAAUUCACACAGGAGAGAAACUGUAUCGCUGCUCUGACUGUGGGAAGAGUUUCAGAAAUUCAGGAUCACUGAAAAGACACCAACGAAUUCAUACAGGAGAGAAACCGUAUUGCUGCUCUGACUGUGGGAAGAGUUUCAGUCAAUCAGCACCCCUGAAAGCACACCAGCGAACUCACACAGGAGAGAAACCAUAUUGCUGCUCUGACUGUGGGAAGAGUUUCAGUCAGUUAGGACACCUGAAAUCACACCGGCAAAUUCACACAGGAGAGAAACCGUAUUGCUGCUCUGACUGUGGGAAGAGUUUCAGAAAUUCAGGAACACUGAAAAUACACCAGCGAAUUCAUACAGGAGAGAAACCGCAUUUCUGCUCUGACUGUGGGAAGAGUUUCAGUCAAUCAGCACCCCUGAAAGCACACCAGCAAAUUCACACAGGAGAGAAACUGCAUUGCUGCUCUGACUGUGGGAAGAGUUUCAGAAAUUCAGGAACACUGAAAAUACACCAGCGAAUUCAUACAGGAGAGAAACCGUAUUGCUGCUCUGACUGUGGGAAGAGUUUCAGUCUGUUUGGACACCUUAAAUCACACAAGCAAAUUCACACAGGAGAGAAACCGUAUUUCUGCUCUGACUGUGGGAAGAGUUUCAGUCAAUUAGCACCCCUGAAAGCACACCAGCAAAUUCACACAGGAGAGAAACCAUAUUGCUGCUCUGACUGUGGGAAGAGUUUCAGUCGCUUAGGAAACCUGAAAACACACCAUAAAAUUCACACAGGAGAGAAACCGUAUCGCUGCUCUGACUGUGGGAAGUGUUUCAGGCAUGCAGACUCCCUGAAUAAACACCAGCGAAUUCAUACAGGAGAAAAACCGUAUUGCUGCCCUGACUGUGGGAAGAGUUUCAGAAAUUCAGGAACACUGAAAAUACACCAGCAAAUUCAUACAGGAGAGAAACCGUAUUAUUGCUCUGUCUGUGGGAAGAGUUUCAGUCUGUUUAGACACCUGAAAUUACACCAUCAAAUUCACACAGGAGAGAAACCGUAUUGCUGCUCUGACUGUGGGAAGAGUUUCAGAGAAAGAAGAACCCUGACAAAACAUGAGCGAAUUCACUCAGGAGAGAAACCGUAUCGCUGCUCUGACUGCGGGAAGAGCUUCAGAGAAAGAGGAACCCUGACAAAACAUGAGCGAAUUCACACAGGAGAGAAACCGUAUUGCUGCUCUGUCUGUGGGAAGACCUUCAAAAAUUCAGGAACACUGAAAACACACCAGCGAAUUCAUACAGGAGAGAAACCGUAUUUCUGCUCUGACUGUGGGAAGAGUUUCAGGCAUGCAGACUCCCUGAAUAAACACCAGCGAAUUCAUACAAGAGAGAAACCGUAUCGCUGCUCUGACUGUGGGAAGAGUUUCAGUCAGUUAAGUAACCUCAAAAAACACACCAGCAAACUCACACAGGAGAGAAAUUGUAUCAGUGCUCUGACUGUGGGAAGAGUUUCAACAAGUUAGGACAUCUUCAAACACACCAGUGAAUUCACACCAGAGACAAACCCUAAGGACCAUGUUCAUUCAGAAAGAAACAUUACCUUACAUCAGCGCUCCAGAUAAGGUUUUGGGUCUGGGAGUAACUUACCCUUUUAACACUGAGAGUAAAAUGUAUUUUCAGUGGGUAAAAUGCAACAUUACCUUGAAGUCCUGAGUAAUCUCGAUAAAUACUGUACAAUCUUUGAUGGUAAUGGGCAGGCAUUAAAAAAAAGCCUUCCAUUUUAACUGCAAUGUUUCUUUGAACUACGGCACAACCACAGCUCUACAAGGUUCUUUAUCGGUUCAGCACAUCUUUUUUCCAGGUAUCACACUGACUCUGCAAAUCAAUUACGUUAUAUUUUAACAUUAACCUCUUUUGCGAUACAGACAUACCUGGCACGUCAUGAUUAAAAACAUGGUUAAAAAUGUUUUAAAAAAAAAUAAAAAUCUGGAUUACUGUUUUUUCCCUCGGGGUUUUUCAUUGAGGAGUUAUUACACAACAUAUUAAUGUCAUUAUAUUACACAGAUAAAAUAUAUUUGAUGUGAUGCAGUUGUUAAAUGUAAUUUACAGCCUGUUUGAAUGCAAGCAGUGACCAUCUUUGGCUUGUACAGGAAACAUCCAGAAUGAAUUUAAAACAAUCUGUGUGUAACUUUUGAUUUCUUUUCAAUGAGGAUUGAUAAUAAAAAAAGUUUACCUUUUGAUUAGUAGCUGUUUUAUCGAGCUGUGCUUCAUGAAAUCAGCUUUGAAGUUACAUACGACUAUUUGUCUAUGUCUUGUUUUGUUCAUGUGACAGAGAGGAAGAUACUUCCUGCUCCUGACUGUCAUCGUGUGACACCAUUGUAAUGCACCGAGCGUGUGGGAGCUACUGUAUCAUCGUGUGACACCAUUGUAAUGUACAGAGCGUGUGGGAGCUACUGUAUCAUCGUGUGACACCAUUGUAAUGCACCGAGCGUGUGGGAGCUACUGUAUCAUCGUGUGACACCAUUGUAAUGUACAGAGCGUGUGGGAGCUACUGUAUCAUCGUGUGACACCAUUGUAAUGCACCGAGUGUGUGGAGCUACUGUAUCAUCGUGUGACACCAUUGUAAUGCACCGAGCUUGUGGGAGCUACUGUAUCAUCGUGUGACACCAUUGUAAUGCACCGAGCGUGUGGGAGCUACUGUAUCAUCGUGUGACACCAUUGUAAUGUACAGAGUGUGUGGGAGCUACUGUAUCAUCGUGUGACACCAUUGUAAUGCACCGAGUGUGUGGGAGCUACUGUAUCAUCGUGUGACACCAUUGUAAUGUACAGAGUGUGUGG